UUACGACACUAUGUUCGACUUUCAGGCAUAAAUACUGGCAAAAGUAAACACAGGGGUGACAUAGAAAUGUCACUAAAACGUGUAUGCGUGGCAGUCAAAUCAUUUGAGAACGUUGGUAGUGUCGAUGGAUUAAACGGAUAAACUUUAUCGGAAGCUGACAUAUUGUGCAUAUCCGCAAUGGAGCGGAAGCUUGCAAAUUUCAGGGCUCUGCGACAGGCGAGAGCUUUGAUUCGGGAGGACUUUGCUCUCUCCGAUUCCGAAACAAAUGCGAAAGUGCCUUCAACUAUAACUCCACAGAAUGAGAACGUGUCACAAACGAAUUCCCGGCGAAAGGACUAUUGUGACUGGAUCCUGGACAGCAAGUGGGGAAGAUGGCUGGCCACAAGAAAUCUCCACAACAUCACCCUGCUCAAAGUCUUGCUCUGGGUGGUCCUGUUAGGCUUUUUUGUGGAAUUGGAUUUCGGCUUGCCCUUCUUCGUAGUCUCCCUCUUUUACUGGCUGUACGAGGGACUACGUGACUCUGAUAAACGGGAGCCCGGGGAGAUGAGUGCUUAUUCAGUCUUCAAUCCAGGUUGUCAGGCGUUGCUGGGCACUCUCACCGCAGAGCAGAUGGAGGCAGAGAUGGGCUUCAGAGUUGCAAAUAGAUGAAAUGCCUGCAAAUUGCAAAUGAAUCCUGACGUGAAAUAAUAAUUGCUAUGUACUUAAUUCGUCUAUUGACAAAUUGACAUCUAUUUACAGGAAAACGUCAUUUUCUGAAGCUGGAGUUUUCAAAUACAGUGAUCCCUCACAGAUUUCACUCAUUUUAAGUUUCUUCGGAUCGCGGCACAAUGUGUAUGAUCUUGAGAUCUUGUAGCCUACUUCACUUUGACAUGUUCUCGUUAAGUCAUAUCUUGAUUCAACAAAUGUGGUGAUGAUCAGGUUUGGGUAUGGCCAGUAAAAUUGAAAUCAGCUUUACCAUCCCUCACUAUGGUUACGUUGUCAUUUACAAGAGGGAUGCCAUUACUUUGGGCCAGAUAGGUUUGUAAUCCUGUGCACAGUAAAUAAAAUGAUCGUAAAAAC